AUGGUCCAUCACAGGUCCACCAAAGGAGCGUCCAAAGCGAGACGCGACCACAUCAAUCACGAGAUCAGGAAUAUGCGAGCUCUGCUGCCAAUCCCCCAAGAGGAGCAGGAGCGCCUCUCUUACCUGCACUCCAUGUCCGCCAUCUGCACCUACAUCAGGAAGUCGGUUGUCUUCAAGGGGAUCCCCUCGGGCGACGGCUGCUCUCUGCCUUAUGAGGCCUUUCUUCAAGCCCUGCAUGGCUUCAUCCUGGUCACUACCGCCCAAGGGAGGCUGGUCUACGUGUCGGAAAAUGUGGCCCAAUAUCUCGGCCUUUCCAUGGUAGACGUGCUUCAAGGAGACAGCAUAUACGACAUGGUGGAACGUGCUGACAUCCACACUGUCCAGUCCACCUUGAAAGGAUACGGCGGAAAGAGGGCAUCGUCAGAGAGGAGCUUUGUAUGCUGCAUGCAGACCUCCAGGGCCUUCAAACAGCAGCAUGGCAGCUGCUCCAUGCUGGUCAGAGGCAGCUUCCAAUCCUUCCAUCAGAACUGUCCAGUCCCCAACAGCCAGUCCCUUUUUGUGGCGCUGUGCACCCCCACAGUGGACCGCCUGAGGGACACAGAGUCCCACUUGUGUCCCAGCUUCCACAGCAAACACAACUUGGACAUGAGCUUGGCGCAGCUCUCGCACAGUGUUUUCUACUUUUUGGGGUACUCAGCGGACGAAAUGGUGGGGCGAUCGUGGUACACUUUAAUCCAUCCAGAAGAUCUGUCUUCAAGCUUGACUUACCACAGAGAGAUUUUGCAAGCAGACGAGGGCAUCCAGCUGAGGAUGGUGCUGAGACUUCAAUGCAAAGAUCUGUCAUGGACUUGGUGCUACAUUUGUACUAACAAAGAGGCCACUAACAUCUUCUGCACUAACUUCAUCAUAAGUGAAGCAGAGGCCCGGUUUCUGCAGAAGACAAACUGCAAUGAUGCACUCAGCUCAUCAUCCUUAUCGUCACCAUCAUCCUCAUCCCCAUCAUCCUCAUCAUCAUCAGUGGAAAGUGAACAGACUGAAAGUCUGACCUCCAGAUGCUUUAAGAGGCAGCGGACGUCAAACAGCCGGAGUGAGGACGUAGCUUCCAGACCCAAGAUGGAGUCUGAUGAAGACAUUUACUAUGCGGUGCACGCCUCAGCUCCUCCUCUGGGGGGCAGCCCUGCUCUCUUCUCUCCUCCCUACAGUCCUGCCUCCUGCAGCUCCCCCGCUCAGCAAGAAGUGCUGGGCCGUGACCUUCUGAUGGAUGUGCGCGGAUACGCCGAUCAGCUGUUGUCCUCCCCUGAGGCUUCUUCUCCCUCCUACUUCUCCUACCCCGAAGCGGCGCUCACCUGUCACCUUUCACCCCGCGACGCCCUCCCCCCGCAGCCCACCUUCGAGCAGGAAGCCUACGCCACCCUCGACCCCCGCUCUCCGCUCUCGCCUUCAUCGCCGGCGUAUGAUUUCCCAGCCUGCGCGUCCGACGCUCGAUCCGUUCCAGAUGGCUUCUCUGUGUCGGACAUGAGCGAGAGCUCCGUGGACCGUGUCCUGCAUCAGGAGGACUUCAGCCUCCUGGAGCCGCCGGAAGAUGGCAGCCUUGACCAAGUGCACCACGUUCCCCAGCUGGGGUUGCUUCCCACGCCCAAUCAGUCGCCGCCGUCCAUGACGUCUGAGGUGUACAACGAGACGGAGCAGGCGGAGAUCAGCAUCCUGGCUCAGCAGAUCUCCUCCUUGGCGUGCAGUUUCGACAUGUUCGGCCCCGUCAAUUCUCUCCAAAGUGUCCAAACCAUGUCCCAGCAAGUCUGCUCGUAUGCUUGGCCUUCGCCCUCUGGCGUCCAUGCUAAACCUGACCUGCCAUUGUUAGACAGCCUCCUCAAAGACCUGGACAUGAGUCCGCCCUUCGCAGGGAACACUCUGCCCACCAGCGGCGCGGCUUUACAUCCCUUCAGCCUUCAGUCGGUAUGCCGCGAACAAACCACAGAGUUGCAUCAACUUAACCACUUUAUGCAAACUGGCCUCCAGCAAGGACAUUUCUGUUAA